CUUCGCGGCAGAAUCGAUCUGAUACUUCUGAGCGAUAAAGACUACGAGUUAUUAGAAGCCUUUGAUGAUUUUUUCUCCGAGUGAAAUCUUAUUAAGGAAACUUAUUGAUACGAAUCUAUAGAUCUGAUAUUUCAAGGAACAUCUCUAGAGGGAAAAAAGAUGGUAACUAUACCGGAAUGCGAAGGGCUUUUCGAACCUCUUCUUCGCAUUCUCGAAGACAACAUGGCGGCGAGUGAUGAUCAAGUCGAUGCUUAUCUGAGAAUGACAGAGCGCUUAAGAGAGGAGGAAGAUGUAUUUGUUAAAGAGCUACUUAAUCUAAUUAAAAGAGUUGUCACGAUCUUUCGGAGAGAUAUUCAGUCUGAUAAGUCAGAUCUAUGCCAAGCAUCACUUCAAGCACUUGGUCACUGUCUCUACCAAGAGGAAAUAGCCAGUUCAAUUUGCUUGUCAGAUGGUCAAGUUCUCAUUCAAGGUCUUUUGACAAGAAUACAGGAAUCUGAGGAUAAAGGAGUUUGCACUCGAGCAUUGUGGUGUCUUGCUAAACAGAAUUUACACAGUGGGAUUGUAAAUACUAAGUUGGAAUCCAUUCUUAUUACUUUGGAAUCAGUUGUCACAAAGGAUCUCCAGUCUGUAACUGUGGAUCAUGAAGCUCUUUGUGUGAUAGAGAGGCUUCUACAACAGCUUCCAAAGAGCGAAAUGAUCAAGACAGUAGACUCUUGGGCAAAGCUGGUGUUUCCUCUGCUGGUUAGCUCAGCCAUCAAGGUGUGUGAGAGGGCAUUAAUGGUGAUGUAUGCUGGAUUGGAACACUUGAUGUCCUCCCAAGAAAUCGUUAUAAAAAUUCUUCUUCCUCUACUGAAAGGAUGCUUGUUGAAAGAGUUUCCCAAAAUGUGUUCAGAAAAAAAAGGAUUAUAUGUGCUCAAGUGUUGGUGUUGCAUCGUUCAAAUUCUUGGAGAGACCUUGCACAGAGGAGGCGGUUUGAUUAAUGACUUACUAAAGCUUGUUGAGCAGGGAUUUCGAGAUCCAUCAACUGAAAUUCAGGUUAUGUCCUUCUCUGCUUGGAAUAUCCUUAUUGACAACUUUGCCCUCUCAUCAGAUGUCAUCGGCAGUCCAAAGAGGGUCAAGCUUAUUCUGACUCCUUUAAGGAAUCUUGCUGUGAAGGAGAGAAAUGAAGCAGUUGAAGCUGCCAGACUCUCCACUUGGUGGCACUUUGUCUGUUCAUUGGGUCCAAAAGUUCAAGAAUUGUUUGAUCAGGUUUGCACUCCACUUCUUCAGUUUGUCUUUGGCACAGCCAUUGAUCAAGUUAGCUCAUUGAAGACCAAGGAAUGGCUCAGUGACCUCAAAUGCCCUCCAACACCAACAAACAACAAACUCUUGUCAGACAUGAUGGCAGAAACACCCAAGUCAAGUAUCCGCAGAUCCCUCAAAGACAUGGGAACUCCAAGAACACCAACUGUGUUAAAUGCAAGCUUUGCCAAACCAGUGAAACAAAAGCUUCUUGUACAAGGGUGUGAGAUAUUGAUGGAAUUGUUGAAGACAGAAGACACUGAAUUUAGUUCAAAUUCUGAUUUUAUUGUUUCACUGGGUGAGAGAUUGCAGAUGGUAACUUUCAAAAAACCAGAGGAGUUUAAGAAACAUGCUUCUUUAUUAACAAGUGCUGUGAGGGAAGUCUUCAAAGCUCUUGGUAAAGAUCUUGCAGAACCUUUGGGUAUCAGAGUGUGGAACCUGCUUGUUAAAAGAAUUGAGGAAGUCCUGGAAAAAGGUCCAUUGUCAGAGUGUGGAGAAUUUUUCCUUCCACUUCUUGCUGUUACACAGGAGUUGGUGGACAGUUCAUUCAUGUCAUCGUCUUUAGUGCUUAAAAUGCUUGAAGCUUUGUCUAAGCUGCCUGCUGAAAUUUUAAGUCAUCACACGGCAUCACUUCAUUCUAGAGAAAAUCCGCAAGGAUCACCAACUCUUCUCCUUAUUCAACUUUUAUUCACUCCACAUUUACUGGAAAAUACCUGGCAGGAUGAGAGAUUUCAUUUGGCAUUUGAGCAUCUUGUUGAUUGUGGAAUGAUAGCAGCCUCUGGACAGUUGUUCUUUUUGCAGACUGUUUUAAAUCUCCUCAAAAAGGGAACAAGUUCUGUCAAUGGUAAAGACACUCUUUGGAGGCUGUGGAGCUGCGUUGUUAACCACCUAAGUGAACACAUUCAAAAGACGAAUGAUGUCAACCAAGGAGAUGCCCUAGAGCAUGACUUCAGCACUCUGUACUUGGCACUAAUAUUUCCGGUAAAACAUCUUUUGGAUACAGAUUUACCACAGACUCUCGGCAAAGAGGUGGGCAAGACUCUGGUACAGCUGUACCGUUCCUUUUCUCGCGCUGCUGCUCUUGUUCCCACGGCUGAAACUAACAUUUGCUGUGAAGAAUUGUGCGCAAAGAUCCUUACAAUAGAGGGUGACUGGAAAUCUAAGGGCGUGGUUUUUGUUGACACGCUUGUCAGUCUCAUUGUGGUGGCUAUAGAAUGCCUUGAUUUCUCAACUCCAAGUUUGUUUGACAUGGCAACCACAGCAUCAGGAAAGUCACCCAACACUACCCCUACUAAGUGGAAUAAACGAUUCCAACGGCCCAUGGGCAAUAUGACGAGCAUGGUUAGCGUGGUAGCCAAGUUACUGUCUGCAUGUGAGAGAACGAGGAACAGUAAGGAUUCAACCCAAGCCCUUGGUAUUCUAGCAGCUGCUCUUACGAACUUAAUUGACAAGCUGUCUUACCUGUUUGUUCACAUCAAUGGAACUGCGACCAUAACUGCUGUUCUGAAGACUCUGAGCUCUGCUCUGGUGCAUUACAUAGAGAAUGCGCACACAAGCACGAAAAUCACUGAAAGCUCUUUGGACAAGAGGCUGUUUUCUGCAAGACUUAUUCAAAAGAUUGAGAAGCUGUGGUCUGAUAUUCUCACCUGCAUACAGAGCCGCCAUGGUGGGCCGUACAACUCUGACCUGUUAUCUGUCAUGUCUCCUCUCCUGGAAGUGACGUUAGUUCAUCCCAAAAGGAGUAUCAAGAACCACGCUGUCAUGUUUUGGAAUGCUACUUUUGCUCAUUCGCGAACGUUGGAGUAUCCUGAAACCUUAAGACCAGUUCUUCAGAUUGCCAAAGAUAAAAUGUCACUUACUUUGCCAGGCUGGGAAAAUAUUAAGAUUUCAGACAAAGACGCACAUUUGGAUCUCGAAUCUGAAGAACUUACCCAGCACGCAAACCUUGUGAAACCGCUGCCAUAUGGUAUCUUAGGCUCUCCUCAGCGCCGUAAGCAUACGUCAGUUUCAGGAGGGUCCCCACAGUUGAAGGGCAGUUUCUUACACAAGGCCUUGAGUGUCGAGAAAGUGGUGGAAAAUGCUUCACCUAAAAGAAUAAGUCGCUCACCAAAAGUUGGACGCCCUAGAAAUUCCCCGGCCAAUACGCAUGUGAGGAGAAAAUUGCCGCUGUCCAAGUUCGACGACGAUGACCAGGAAUACGUCAGGAUUGCCCCUUCUCCGAAAAAGAAGCGCGUGCUUACUGAACAUCAGAAAGAAAUCAUGCGGAGUAGAAGUGAUGUUCCUGCACUCUACAAUGCGCUUGACCACUCACAAGACUGCUCACAAUUUUCACAGUUCACUCUUACGUCACAUGGAGAUGUCACUGGUGACACGACUCCAAACAGUUCACCAGAAGAAGAAAAACCUCAGUCGCCUGGUAGCAAGAAACAAUUGGUCUGUCAGAACGAGGAAGAGCUCCAGGUUGGCUCAAAUGUGCGAGGAACAGGAAAAAGCGAGAGCGAAAACGAAAACAAAGCGGAGGCCAUUGAAAGGGCAACAACGGAAAAUAAAGUUGGGAGAAAUAUGGAUAAUGGCGAAGACUCUAAAGAAAAUGGGGUAGAAAUGGAAGACAAGAUCAGUGAAGGAGCCGAUAGAGAGGUCGAAGGAAUAGAAUGUGAAAUUGUCGAAUUAGUGGAAUCUUCCCAAAAUGAAGAUGGAAACCUGCGCGACGAAACAGAGCAAACUGAUAAAGAUGAGGUGGACAGUGAUGACGAAGUGAUGUCACCUGACGUCAUACCGUCGUCACAAACGCCAAGCUUUGAGUCCCCUUUUCAGUCCCUUAGACAAAUCACGAUCCCGCCCGACUCCAUUCUACCGGGUUUAAUUCAAACAAGGGCAAGUAUUCAGAGAAACUCGAAAAUAGAGCAGAAUAAUUUAGGGAAUUCUGAUGGUAAAAACGUUGAUACGGCAUUGGAAACGCAACUUGAGAGUGAUGUUCUGAAAGAAGAUAAAGUUUUCGACUCUGAUUCGCCUAUGAAAGUUGAAGAACAACCAAUAACUAAGACGAAAGUUUCGCCAGUUGCCGGGCGAACGAGAAGAAAACUUCAACAGAAGAUCGAGAUGACGCCAACGCUCGAAAAACCACAAGAAGAGCCCACAGAGCAAGAGAUCAGCAGAAUUAUGCUCAGUGGUCAGCAACUGGCAGAGACUGAAAAGCUGGAUGACCAAACACCCAUGGAGAAACCCGCUGAGCCAUUUGUCGCUGGCGUAACGAGGGAUGAAACCUCGUCUCCAGUCUUAAACGCUAAGAGCAAGUUCCUUCGUCCAUUUGCAGCAGGGGGUAGUCCGUGUCGAUUGAAUCUCCGCGGAAGAAAUUCCCCGGGAGUUUCUCCCACAACUGGUAUUUUGAAAAGAUACCAUGCGAUCAAGCAAGGAGUUGACUCACCCUCCCCUCCCGGAAAGGUCAGAAGAGUUUCGUUUGCUCUACCUGUUAAAGAUGACAGUUCUGAAGACUUGCAAGAAAAAACCGCUGAACUAACUACCAUUGCUUCACACCUUAAAACAUCGGGCUCUUCUCCAUUCACGGCUGUUAAGCAACGGAGACCUUUACCAUCGAGCAACGCCCAUAGUGCCCAGGACUCCACCGACUGCAUGUUCCCAGAUCUUGUGUCUUGCACAGUGCCAGUUGAACAGAUUCUUCCCUCCAUUCUCACCAUGUCUUGGUCACGUGGUAUGGGUCACUUGGUGCGUGCGCAGAAUAUUCACACCAUUGGAAACUUGUCAGCUUUGAAAGAGGAGCAGGUAAAAAACCUACCCAUCAAAUCACCCAAAGUACCAACACUGAAGACAGCUUUAAGAAGAUUCCAUCAAAUUCAAAGAGGGAGGAAUUCCAAAUCUACUGUGGCAAAGUUAACGGCAGAAGUUGUUCAGAAGGAAGAGAAUGAAAACAAAGAAGAAGAUGUAGCCACCUCUGAACAUGCGCAUCUCCCAGGAGAGGCUGGUAUUGUAAUGAAGCCAAUAAUAGUUGAGGACCCUCUGAGUUCCGGCGGCACAGAAAGUACGCAAACGGCUGUGGAGUCUAAGAUGGAAGGGAUUAAACCCAGUGAAGAUUGCUCGUCGAAUAAAACCGAUCUAGCAUUGGUUGUUGAAACCGAAGAAAUGGCGUCCGAUGUGAGGCCAGAGGGAAGCGAGGCGGAAAUUGUCUUCGUCGAUGAUGAAAAAGUGAUUGAUCUACUUACUGUUGACGCACGAGCAAAUAAGACGGGGAUGGAGGCGAGCACCACGGGGUCAUGGCGUUCUGCGCAUGACUCUGACGUUAUCGAAGCGACCGCUGACAUUUCUCGCCCUCAAGUUGAAACUCGUUGUGAACUAAUGGAGCCAUUUCCACGUGAAGAAUCGCGCGAUGAGCGUAAAGGAACCGACGUAAUGCUGUCAUAUCCAGAAGAAAAUGUGGAAAUUGAUGAGAAAGAUUCGGGAGAUGCAGGGGAUAUAAACAUUAAGGGAACCAAACCUAAAGAAACGGCUGUGGUGGCUCAGGAGAGUACUGAUCAUUCCUCUGCUUCCACGACAUCUAUCGGAGGAGACAGUGAUAAAGAGAGGUUUUGUAACUGUUUACGUUCCCUUAAAGAUCUUGCAUCACCUGAUGUUUUACAAGCAUUGUCAAGUGAGGAGAUUUUUGAGGCGCACCACAGCCUGACGGAUGUCACGUCGGUCGUAGUGCAGGCUCUGAGAGGGCGUUGGCAAUCACCGAGAUCUAAGAAACGGGCUGUUCAAGACAUUCAAUAAGUGUGAUAAACUUGAAUCUUUCGGUAGCCGGUCUCAUAUGGUUAUGUAAGAGAAAGCGAACUGUGCGUAGAGUUGGAAAUUAGAAGCGGGUGGUGUUUUACUAAGGGUAUUCUGAAAGAUAGAGGAUUGUGUUGACCUUGAAGGAUUUCAAAUCCUUCUUUAUUAAGAACUGUCUUGGAAAGAAUUGUUACUUGUUUAUCAGAAGUUAUUAUUUCUAACAUCAAUACAUAAGCACAUGAAAAUAACUAUAUAUUCGGAAAACUUCUCAAAAUUGUUAAUUUCGAUUUUAAGUUCAUGUUUCGAUAAAAUUUGCAGUUGUCCAAAGGUUAUGAAGAAGUGGUUUCCUUUUUACAUUUGACCCAUGAAACUCCCAGAGCGGUCGAUUGUUAAUUUCCGACAACCAUAUCUGGCGAGAUCUCGUGGAUUUACCCACCUCGAGUCCACAAUCUAGGCCAAGGUCUCUUAAAAAUACUUUGUAAUAAAGUAAGGGAAAAUACAAUCGUAACUCCUCAUUCCCCGUCAAUUGACAUCAGCCUCUGCCAGUAGACAUCAUUCUUCCUAACCCUAGGGAAGAUUAACUGAAAGAGAUCUACUUUUCUCUUCAAAGGUAGUGUUCAAAGUUUCAAUGACCAGAAAAAAGUAGGAUAAUUGUACGAAUUGAGAACUUCAAGUCUGGUCUUCAAGUCUGUGGAGA